UUAUGUAUGGGAACAGAACACUGGAAAAAAAAAAUUCUCAUUCCUGUUUCUCACAUCCAAUGUGGAGAGCUCACUGAAGUCGAAAGAGUAUGCAUUAAUCCACUUUGUGAUGCUUGCUGGAUUGACUCCACUUUUUUGUUGUUGUUGUUGAUGAUGAAACCUCGUCUUGUAAAAAGACGUGAAGUGUGGGCACUGGGCAAGCUAUUUUUUUGCAGCGCAAGUGACAUCGCCCACUAUUGGCCUGGAAUGCAAAUUACAAGGGUUUCAGUCUGAAUAUAACUUCCAAAAAAAUGGGUAGUUUUUAGAGGUUGAAAAUCCACUGAAGACUAAAUGCCCUGCCUUGUAGGGUGGUCGGGGUGGGGGGGGGGUCCUUCAUUAUGUCAUUAGUGUCACGACUUUUUAUUUCACAACUUCCCCGCAAUCUGUUGUGCGAGCGGCUCGAGUUUGUGGAUACUGUAAUCGUGGGAAAAAUAAUGACAGUUAUCAGUCGCACCCACCAAGUGCCCAUAAAAAUCUGUCCUCUGUUCUGGAAGAUGAUAAUUAUCGGUUGUACUGUCAUUAUCAUUGUUGAUAGAGCAAGUCUUGAAGCAUUUCCCCCCCCCCCCCUAAAGUAAUAAUCCCAGAGAAAUCACUUCAAAUUGGCCUAUUUUAGGGAGAGGGGGUGGGCAGCAAGGGGACCAAUUUUGGUUAUAUUUCAGAGAAUCUUCAAGUUCAGGCAGCACACUGGCAUCUGUGCACAUCAGGUUCGCACUGGCGUUUGCAACUUGCCGGUGCUUUAUUUCAAUGCAAUGAUGUAAUUGGGCUGCUAAUGACAGCGAGGGAAUUUAAAUGGAUUUGAUGAGUUAUUCAGGUGGGGAUGGAGGCACCGGGCUGCGGGUGCAUCAGCUCCGUGCAGCCUGCGCCACAAGCCCGGAAUGAAAAGCUCGUCCCGGAUACGUUUUUUUUUUUCCGCCUCUUCGCAUGCAAACAAACGCAGAGAGCAUGUGUGGUUUCACCUCCAGCUUCUUCUGAGCUCCUCAGUUGCUCGGAGGCAGCCGGCCAAUGGGCUCGCCUCUCGGAUCCAGCGGACCAAUCAGCGGCCCCCUGGGAUGAAUAUUCAUGAGUGCCAGAUUCAAAUCUUUGGGGGAGUUUAUCUCGGUCCGCAGCAUCAUACCUAGGACUUUUCACGGGAACAAACUGCAUUUUCUUAUGAAUGGAAGUAGAAAAAAGAGGUUCGACUUAAAUUGGGAGCCCUCCCGGUCUGGACUCAAACAACAAAACCAGGAGGAGGACGGGAGCCGCCGGAAGAGAUGACAAUGACCGCGAUCCCAGAAAGUCUGAACAGUCCCGCCUCAGGAAAAAGCGUUUUCAUGGAGUUCGGGCCCGCCAGUCAGCAAAUGUCUCCGUCCUCCAUGUCCCACGGACACUACCCCGUGCACUGUUUACAUUCCGCAGGCCACGGACAGCACGACAGCUACAGCCCGGCCCCGAACUUCCCCCGAACCCUGGCCUACCCUUACAUCAAUUCGGUGGGAAGCCACUCCAACAGCCCGUACCUCACCUCGGUCCAAACGUACCAGAACAGCUCGGCUCUGCCUCAGACACGAUUAGAGGACGCAGCACCAGAAACGGCCAAGAACGCGGUGGUGGAGGGAGGAGAGGUGCGCUUCAACGGCAAAGGGAAAAAGAUCCGCAAACCCAGGACCAUCUACUCCAGUUUACAACUUCAAGCUCUAAAUCGGAGAUUCCAACAAACGCAAUAUUUGGCAUUACCGGAGAGAGCCGAGCUCGCAGCCUCUCUGGGGCUCACCCAGACACAGGUGAAAAUCUGGUUCCAGAAUAAGAGAUCCAAAUUCAAGAAAUUGAUGAAGCAAGGCGGUGGCACGAUUGACACGAACGCGCUGACCACGGGUCGCGGACUCUCCAGCGGUUCUCCCACGGGGGCGCCCGCCUGGAGCACUCCGACCGGGGUGAAGACGUCAGUGGGCGCCGCCACGGGGUCCUACAUCCCGGCCUACACGUCGUGGUACGCCGGCACGCACCAGGAGUCUAUGCAACAGUCCUCCCAGCUCAUGUGAACUCACUUCGGGCACCUUUUACGCACGUCACCGCGCUUGGACCCGGAGAGCGAGAGCGUGGGCGUUUGCCCCCCCCCCUCCCCCUCAUCCUCCUCCGCAGCGGGCGCUUCAUUCCGGAACCAGAAGAAGAAGAUGACGCUGAGAAACUUGAAAGAGGGGAUGACGCCCCGUAUGAGCUGAAAUCUUUCACAAGCGCUUUUUCUCCCCCCCGUCGCCCGACCAUUUCCUCACACUGGCUGCUCUUUGUAAUUUAAACAAAAACUAUUUGAGGGAUGUCAUUGUUUACUUGUUGCUGAUGACGACAUCACUUUUCAUUCAUGACAAGGCCAAUCAUGAGUCUUUCUUGAACCAAAUGAUAUCGAUAAUAUUUGAUCCACCCGUUCCCAUUCAAAACAUAUUGUACAAACUCAAAUGGUCGCUUACGUGUUUAUUAUUUAAAUUAAAUUAUUGGGAUUAUUUGACGUCUAUAUUGAGGCCAGUCUUACGUUCAUUUGUGUGUUUAAAUUUCAGACAACCAUGUGUUGUUAACGCUGCACUAACGCGAGCAAAAGCUUUUUUUUUCUACGCCCACAAAUUAUGUGAAGAAAGAAAUAUUCACCUGACAAGCAUUUUAUUUGUCACUGCAUUUUGUAGAUACGUUAAAAAAAUGUUUUGUGCUCUACUGGCUGUGAAAGGUUUUUAGGCUUGCUGUAUUCGUAAACAUGUGUUUUAGUCCCCAUAGGAAAAAAAAAUCUAGUUUUGUAUCGAUCUCUUUAAUUUAUUGCCUCUAUGUACAUAUGUGCACAUUUUCACAAAGCAGUAAAAAGAUUUAACUUAUGUGAAAAACUUUGAGUGCAUGUGUGUGUUGCACUGAUUCAUGGGAAGCGACACAAAGCCUCGUGCACAUGACAACACUUUCUGCACACACACAAAAAAAUGCCCGAAAACAUUAUUUAUGAUGAUUUUUGGCUCGCAGCCAUUUUGUAUCGCUGUUGUUGCUGCUGCAGAUGUUGUUGUCAACAAACUGACGGGGGGGGGGGAUGAGGGGAUUGUUCUUGGGAUUUUCCACGCGAAUUCUGGAUUAAUAUCGCAAUCGGUUUCCUUUUCAGUAUUUUCUUCAAGUAAAUCGAGCAACAACAACAACAAAAAAAUUAAGGUCAAUGGUGCGAGCUUUAUUAAAUAAGAUAUGACGACGAGCAAAGGCCACAAGGAAGGACCCCCAAGAUGAGAUUUGUGGGGUCCAUGAAUGAAAUUAUCAUUUUUGUCAUCUUUAUUUGUCGUCCAAUAUUUGUCGAGCCGCACACGAAGCAGGCUCGCAGUUAGUAACAAGCAGAUUCAUUCAUAAUCAUGAUAUAUAUUCACAAGUCAUUUACAUCUAUUGCCAUCGAUAUUGAAACACAAAAACAUAGCCCACCUUCCACGGCCCAUCUUAAUUUAAGAUUGGAUGAUAAAUGAUUUACAACCCAAAAUAUAUCAACUUCUAUGUGAGAAUAACACCUCCAACACCUUAUGUCAAAUAUAAAAUUAAUCUGAAUGUUUUACUUACAUUAAUCCAUGACAACCACGACAAAUAAAUUAAAAUGAUUCUUACCUAAUCAUUAUUUUUGUUAUUCCGGAUAGAUUUAUCGACAGCGAGCGAUCCAUUAGAAUGAGUCAUUUCAUCGUUUGUACUUCAACACUCCAACUACAUACGAUAAUUCUACAUUAUUAUUGUAUUUUUUUAAUUUUUUUAACAUCAAAUUAUAUAUCCUGUCAUACUUUAGGACGU